AUGUCCCCGGCCGUUUUUGAAGCGUUCCAAAUCACUAUUCCUGCUCUUCUCCCUCAUCUGCCUCUCCUCUCUCCCGCUGUCUCCGGCGGCGCCUUCCCNUUGUCUCCCGGCGACCAGGGGGUCAGCUACUUGGACCCCGCGGAGGUGCGGGCCGCGUUCGCCCGCGCAUUUGGCCGCUGGUCCGCGUACAUCCCCUUAACCUUCACCGAGACGGAGGACUAUGAGCAGGCGGACGUGAAGAUUGGGUGGUACAGCGGGGACCACGGGGAUGGGCUCCCGUUUGACGGGGUGCUCAGUGUGCUGGCCCAUGCGUUCGCCAGUCCUCGGGGCGAAAUCCACCUGGACGCAGACGAGAGGUGGACUACCAAGGAGGGGUCGAAGGAUGCGGUGGACCUUGAGUCGGUGGUCAUGCACGAGAUCGGCCACGUGCUCGGCCUCGACCACUCGUCGGAUAAGGAUGCGGUGGACCUUGAGUCGGUGGUCAUGCACGAGAUCGGCCACGUGCUCGGCCUCGACCACUCGUCGGAUAAGGAUGCCAUCAUGUACCCGACUGUGGAUCUGAGGACGAGGAAGGUGGAGCUCACAGAGGAUGACGUGGUGGGGAUCCAGACGUUGUACGGGAUCAUCCAAUUCGACCACCAGGAAUCAGACUUAGUGUCGUCGUCGGGCACAGUGGAUUUGGAGGGAAGAAAGGGACUGAUGAUGACGUGGAGUGCCACGCUGUACUCUUCGUCGUCUCCAAGUACUGUGCUGCUGGUAGAAUCGGCUCUGAGAAAUCUAGGAUUGGAUUGUCUGAAGAUGGGAACCCUAGCCUUCUCCUGUAAUCAACCGCUUUUCUCUCCUCGCCGGUACACCUCAAGGGUCACCUUCAAGAAACCUUUCUCCCUCAAAUGCUCGAGCUCACCUCCAUCCUUAGUGGACCAAUCUGUCAAGUUCAAGGAAGCUGCUAAACAAGGGAAUUUGAUCCCUAUGUACAAGCCCAUAUUUUCUGAUCAUUUGACUCCAGUGCUUGCAUAUCGGUGUCUGGUGAAGGAAGAUGAGAGAGACGCCCCUAGUUUUCUUUUUGAGUCAGUUGAGCCUGGUCCGAAAGCAUCCAGUGUCGGACGAUAUAGUGUAAUUGGAGCUCAGCCAACAAUGGAAAUCGUGGCAAAAGAAAACAUGGUGACCAUAGUUGAUCAUCAUGAAGGACAGAGGACAGAGGAGUUUGUGGAGGAUCCCAUGGUGGUUCCUCGUAGGAUUAUGGAGAAGUGGAAACCCCAACGCAUUAAUGAACUUCCUGAAGCAUUUUGUGGUGGUUGGGUCGGUUACUUUUCAUAUGACACUGUGCGCUAUGUAGAGCAGAAAAAACUUCCAUUUUCCAAAGCUCCUGAAGAUGACAGAAAUCUUCCUGACAUUCAUCUGGGACUUUAUGAUGAUGUUAUAGUGUUUGAUAAUGUGGAGAAGAAAGCAUAUGUGAUACACUGGGUCAGGUUGGAUCAGUUUUCUUCUGUUGAAGAGGCCUAUGAUAAUGGGAUGAACAGAUUAGAAGCUUUGGUGUCAAGAGUGCAUGACAUUGUGCCCCCUAAGCUUUCUGCGGGUUCCAUAAAACUAUACACUAGCCAUUUUGGUCCUUCUUUGAGCAAGUCUACCAUGACGAGUGAAGAAUACCAGAAUGCAGUGAUGCAAGCUAAGGAGCAUAUUUUAGCUGGGGAUAUCUUUCAGAUUGUGCUCAGCCAGCGGUUUGAACGACGCACUUUUGCUGAUCCCUUUGAAGUGUAUAGAGCAUUGAGAAUUGUCAACCCAAGUCCAUAUAUGACCUACUUACAGGCGAGAGGCUGUAUCCUGGUUGGUUCAAGUCCUGAAAUUCUUACUCGAGUUAAGAAGGCAAGUACUGGCACGGUUACCAAUCGACCUCUGGCUGGAACUGUUCGGAGAGGGAAAACGCGAGAGGAAGAUUACAUGUUGGAAAAUCAGCUUUUACAUGAUGAGAAACAGUGUGCAGAACAUAUUAUGCUUGUUGACUUGGGACGAAAUGAUGUUGGAAAGGUGUCGAAACCUGGUUCUGUGAAGGUUGAGAAGCUCAUGAAUGUUGAACGAUAUUCCCAUGUCAUGCACAUCAGUUCCACUAUGAAAAAUCCUGUAAAGUCUCUUGUGGAUAUGCUGGGAUGGUCAUUGCUGAUCGUAGCUUACUUCAAGAAGUGCCCAAAAGUUACUGGUGAGUUGUCAUCUGACUUGACCAGCUGGGAUGCUUUACGCGCAGCAUUGCCUGUUGGAACAGUUAGCGGAGCUCCAAAGGUGAAAGCCAUGGAACUUAUCGAUAAACUAGAAGUGAAGAGGCGUGGGCCAUACAGUGGUGGAUUUGGCGGCAUUUCUUUUACGGGAGAUAUGGAUAUUGCUUUAGCUUUAAGGACCAUUGUUUUCCCGACCAAUAUGAGGUACGACACAAUGUACUCUUACAGAGACAGUGGAAAACGAAGGGAUUGGGUUGCCCAUCUCCAAGCAGGGGCCGGCAUAGUUGCAGACAGUGAUCCUGCUGACGAGCAGAGGGAGUGUGAAAACAAGGCUGCUGCUCUAGCUCGAGCCAUUGAUCUUGCCGAGUCAUCAUUUGUCGAGAAGUAACAUCAUGCGUAUUUUUUUCCUUUUUAAUUUUUUUCACAUUUUCUUCUUUACAAAAAAAUAAAAAUAAAAAAAAUA